CGUUGCGCAUAGAGGCCGCAGUGCGGUAUGGCCCUGGCCUGUAUCAGUGUAUGCUCGCUCUGCGUCGUUUUCCAGAAGCUCGGUAGGUACUUUUCAGAUUCUGCAAUUGCAACUUUAAGUUUAACCGAAGGCGCCCUCCUUUGAAGAGAAACCUUCUGUCGACGUUCUCUGAGAUCAAGGAAUAUGGGUCUCAAGCUGGGAGACACGUUCCCUGAUUUCACUGCUGACUCGUCUCAAGGACAAAUCCAUUGGCAUGAGUUCAUUGACGGGUCAUGGGCAAUCUUGUUUUCACACCCUGCCGACUUCACCCCAGUUUGCACCACGGAGCUUGGGGCUGUUGCCAAGUACUUGCCAGAGUUUGAGAAGCGCGGUGUGAAGUUGGCCGCCAUUAGCCACAACGACGUCGAGUCCCACAAGGGUUGGAUUCCCGACAUUGAGACCUACACUCCGGGUGUCAAGGUUGGGUACCCCAUCAUUGCGGACCCGGAGAAGGAGCUCGCCGUCAAGCUGGGGAGCCUAGACCCUGACGAGAAGGAUGCCAAGGGCCUCCCAGCCAAUGCACGUGCCGUGUGGAUCAUUGGGCCGGACAAGAAGCUCAAGCUGUCCAUCCUGUACCCCGCAACUACAGGUCGCAACUUUGAGGAGGUGCUACGCGUGCUGGACUCGCUCCAGCUGACGGCCAAGCACAGCGUGGCGACCCCCGUCAACUGGCACCACGGCGAGAAGGUGAUCAUCGUGCCGUCCAUCAGCGACGAGGCCGCCAAGGAGAACCGAACAUCUAGAUGA